AUGGCAUAUGACCGGUAUGUGGCCAUUUGCAAUCCAUUACGUUAUGAAAUGGUAAUUAAUUGGCAGGCUUGCACUGAAAUGCUGGCUGGUGUAUGGAUUGCUGGUUUUCUGUAUGCUGGAUUGCACACCACUGGAACUUUUGCAACACAUUUCUGCUCUAAUUUUGUCAAUCAGUUUUUUUGUGAAAUCCCACAGGUAAUAAAAUUGACUUGUUCUGACCGAAAUCUAAUUGAAAUGACUGCUGUUGUGAUUGGAAUUGUCCUUUUGCUGGGCUGUUUUGUCUAUAUCCUUGUAUCGUAUGCACACAUUUUCACCACAGUGUUAAAAUUGCCUUCUACAAAGGGGAGGCAGAAGGCUUUCUCCACUUGCACCCCCCACCUCAUUGUCUGCUCCACAUUUAUAUUUACUGGAUGUGUUGCCUACCUGAAGCCCAUCUCUAACACCCCAUCGUGGCAGGAGUUGUUAUAUACUGUGAUCUAUUCCUUGGUUCCACCUAUGAUGAACCCGGUGAUUUACAGUAUAAGAAACAAGGAGAUCAAAAAAGCAAUGUUAAAGGUUUUAAGGUUUAGAUACUUUUCUUGA